UUUUCAACCACAUAAAAACAAUAACCAAUCCCUCCUCCCCUUCAUCAUCAAGCUCCAACCUUGAAAGCUUAAACCAGAGCUGCUUUAAUGGCGAUUUCUUCUCCAUCCCAUCAAACCCAAAUCCACAUAGUUUUUGUUCCCAUGUUAGCCCCAGGCCAUUUCAUCCCCAUGAUAGAUAUGGCUAAGUUAUUAGCUAUACAUGGUGGCAUCAAAGCCACCAUCAUCAUCACUCCCACUAUUGCAGCCAGAUACAACCAAUCGUCAGAACCCAGUUCAAAUUCAAUCCCCAUCAGUUUCGUCCAAAUACCUUUUCCGUCCGACGAAUUCGGCCUGCCGGAAGGCUGCGAAACAGUAGACACACUCCCGUCAGGACAAUGGGCUAAUUUCGGUUCUGCACUCAAGAUAUGGCAGACUUCAGUUGAGAAUUUCAUCGAAAAGAUGGAGCCUUUACCAACUUGUAUGAUAUCCGACAGGUUUAUUCCUCAAGUUGCUGGAAUUGCAGAGAGGUUAGGUCUUAAAAGAAUUAUCUUUGAUGGAAUGGGUUGUUUAAAUCUUUUAAUCACUCAUCAAAUUGAAGUGUCUAAAAUUUAUGAAACUGUUGAAGAAUCAGAACACUUUGUUGUUCCUGGUUUACCUCAUGAAAUUGAAUUGACAAAAAAACAGAUACCAAGUUUCAUUUGUCCGGUAUUACCUUCAAUGAUUGAAUAUCGAGACAAUAUAAAAGAAGCUGAUCGUCAUGCUUACGGGAUUCUAAUCAACAGUUUUGAAGAAUUGGAACCUGAUUACAUUGUCGAAUUGCAAAAAAUAUACAAGAACAGAGCAUGGUGCAUUGGACCCUUAUCACUCCGUAACAAAGAGAAGAAAGAAAAAGCUAUUAGGGGAAACAAAGCCGCAAUCGACGAGCACGAAUGUCUUAAAUGGCUCGAUAAUCAAGACUCAGACUCCGUAAUAUACGCGUGUCUAGGAAGCCUGAGUAAAAUCGCUCCGCCGCAGUUGGCGGAGCUAGGACUAGCCCUUGAGAAAUCCAACCGUCCCUUCAUUUGGGUAUUGAGGGCAACCGAGACAAAACUAGAGAUAGAGAAAUGGAUGUUGGAAAACAAGUACGAGGAAAGGAUACAUGGAAGAGGUCUUUUGAUAUGGGGAUGGGCGCCACAAGUACUUAUUCUGUCUCAUAAGGCUGUCGGGGGAUUUAUUACACAUUGCGGUUGGAAUUCGACUAUUGAAGGGAUAAGUUCGGGGGUUCCUAUGAUUACUUGGCCACUUUUCGGGGAACAAUUUUUCAAUGAGAAGUUGGUUUCGCAGAUUUUAGGAGUUGGUGUGAGUGUUGGAGCGAAGACGUCUAUUGGUAUUACCUCGGAACAAACAGAGGUGGAGGUGCUAGUAAAAAAUGAGGAGAUUUUGGAAGCGAUCGAGAAGGUGAUGAAUGGAGACGAGGGAGGAACGGAGAGGAGGAAACGAGCGAAAGAAAUGAGUGAGGCGGCGAAGAAAGCGACAGAAGAGGGAGGAUCGUCUUACCAUAAUAUUACUAUGUUCCUUCAAGAUAUGGUCAUUUCAUAAACUAGACAAGUGUUUGAUGAAAUAAAAGUUUUAAAAUCAUCAUAAAUGCAUAUGAAAAUUUGAAUUUGUUAUCAAAUAAAUUAUAUAUC